AUGUCAUCAAAUUCUUACAAUGACAGCUUAUUUUCUGAGUUAAUUAGAAAAAUUCAAGAGUAUAUUCCAAGUAAAGAUGCUAGUGAAUCGCUAGCGAAACGGGUUUUACCGAUUGCCAAAGGUCAAUCGAGUGAAGAAGGGUUUAGCAAGGCGUUAAGGACAUUCGGGCGCUUUUCCGAUCAGGAUACUAUAGUUAUUUAUGAUCUAUGUAAGAUUUUAAUAAGAACGAAUGAUGCCAUGGGUCCACCAGCGGAUACUUUACCCUACAGCGAUGGUCAAACCAAGGCGGGUUUGGUUGUCCCCGUAAAACGAACACAUAAUCAUGAACCGGGAGUCAAUUUCUCCUUGUUAGGCUUAGAUACUUUAGCAAGCGAGAAAAGACACGAACAAGCUGAGAGGUCUCAAGGUUUACGUGAAGGAUCAUUACCUUCUCACGUAGGAACCGUUGGAAAUCAUGACCGUGUGGAAUUCAAAAAGCCAAAAAUCCCUUCACGGUCUGAUCGUCCUUUGCGCCGUCGAUGGAAUGAUGACGACCAUUACGAAAACGAAAAGGAAGACGGAGACGACAGAGUAAAGCAAUAUCAUCAACGCAGCUAUUCUACAACAAGCGGGAGUCAAGGGGAUGCUAGAGAUGAAAGAUCUGGAUCUCGAUACACUUCAAGGGACGAUGAUUAUCAUAACCGCGACGACUCCCACUACGCAUUCAAAACAAAUCAUGAUGAUUUUAGAGAAGAUUCUGUUGGCCCACGGAAACGAUUCCCAAGCAAAAAACAGCUUUCUAGUAGAAAAAAGGAUGGAACUUCCUUUGUAUCACAUAAUACUUGGGAUCCACGAGACGUGGAAUAUCCUGAAGAAGACAACGAAAGCAUAGAGGACCGGCGCCGUUGGGAAGAGGAGCAAGCACAUUUAGAUCGUGAAUGGUACAUGAAUUCUGAGUCUCAAAAUCUGCUAGGGGAUGAAACUCAUAACCCAUUCGCUGAUUUUGAGACAGAGGAAGACAAGCAAAGAGAAGUUGAGUUCAUUGAGUCUCAAAAACGGCACCUUUCUGUCCAGGCCACCGAAAGAAUGAAGGAAAACUCGAUAUGGGAGAAAAACCGAAUGAUUACUUCUGGCAUAGCUGCUACCCCUGGACUAGAGUCGGAUUUUUCAGCCUCUGAAGAAAGGCGUAUUCACCUCUUGGUACACGAACUUCGACCUCAUUUUCUUGACGGUGUUAAUUUUACAUUAAGGCAGCAAGAAAUAACUUCUGUGCGUGAUCCUCAAAGUGACCUUGCUAUAAAUGCUCGCCGGGGGUCUGGCGUUGUUCGUGAACGACGAGAGUUUAGAGAACGUCAGAAGGCUGCUACAGCAGCUACGACACUUGCUGGUACUUCUUUGGGAAAUGUUAUGGGUGUCAAAGAAACUUCAGAAGAGGAUGUUCAUAAAAAACAGAGUCGCACAUCCUCUACGGUUGCCGGUAAAUCAGGUCCGAAAAAAGAAGCAAUUGACAACUCUGCCAGGACAAAGACUUAUAAAGAACAAAGGGAAAUGCUUCCUGCGUUUGCUGUACGUGAGCAGUUGUUGUCUGUUAUUCGUGAUAAUCAGGUACUUAUUGUGGUUGGUGAAACAGGUUCUGGUAAGACAACUCAGCUUGCUCAAUUCCUGUACGAAGAUGGCUAUGAUACCAAUGGGAUGAUUGGGUGUACUCAACCACGACGUGUUGCUGCAAUGUCUGUAGCUAAACGCGUGAGCGAGGAGAUGGGUGUUGGCCUUGGCUCCUUAGUUGGAUAUUCCAUUCGUUUUGAAGAUGUGACCAGUCCGGACACCGUGAUAAAGUAUAUGACGGAUGGUGUAUUGUUGCGAGAGUCCUUAGUACAAAACAGUUUGGAGCGCUAUAGUGUUAUCAUAAUGGAUGAAGCGCACGAAAGAUCACUUAAUACGGAUAUUUUAAUGGGAUUAUUAAAGAAGAUAAUAUCAGUCAGAAGAGAUUUGAAGUUGAUUGUAACUUCUGCAACUAUGAAUUCACAAAGAUUCUCCGAUUUCUUUGGAGGUGCACCUCAAUUUGCCAUUCCUGGUCGUACAUACCCCGUUGAUGUUAUGUUUUCUAAAAUUCCCUGUACGGAUUAUGUUGAAGGCGCAGUUCGGCAGGCGCUUCAGAUUCAUUUAUCGCAGCCUGCAGGUGAUAUACUGAUUUUUAUGACCGGUCAGGAAGAUAUUGAGGCUACUUGCGAAAUCAUGGCAGACCGACUAAAUCAAUUAGACGAUGCUCCGAGGCUUUCCAUCCUUCCAAUCUACUCUCAGAUGCCAGCUGAUUUACAGGCGAAGAUCUUUGAAUCUGCUGAAUCAGGUGUUAGGAAGGUCGUUGUUGCAACAAACAUUGCCGAAACCUCUCUUACGGUACAUGGUAUAUCUUAUGUUGUCGACAGCGGUUACUGUAAAUUGAAAAUGUAUAAUGCUAAAAUGGGGAUUGAUACUUUACAGAUCACCCCUAUUUCUCAAGCAAAUGCUAAUCAAAGAUCUGGUCGUGCAGGUCGUACAGGGCCCGGUCUAGCAUAUCGUUUAUAUACGGAAUUAGCUUAUAUUCGCGAAAUGUUUCAAACAACUUUACCAGAAAUUCAAAGGACUAAUCUUUCUCAUACGGUUCUGCUUUUAAAAUCUCUUGGGAUAAAAAACAUACUACAUUUUGAAUUUAUGGAUCCACCACCAGCGAAGACUUUAAUGGCUUCUUUAUACGAACUUUGGACUUUGGGCGCUUUGGAUAAUUACGGUGAACUUACAGAAAUAGGAAGAAAAAUGCCUCUUUUCCCAAUGGAUCCAUCAUUGUCAAAACUUAUUAUUAUGGCUGAAGACUACCAUUGUACUGAAGAAGUCAUCACGAUUGUAUCAAUGUUGUCAGUACCGUCAGUAUUCUAUCGCCCGAAGGAAAGGGCCGAAGAAAGUGAUGCAGCUCGAGAGAAAUUCAAUGUUCCAGAAAGCGAUCAUCUUACCCUCUUGAACGUUUAUUUGCAAUGGAGAAGAAAUGGAUGCUCUGAUUCAUGGUGUAGUAAACAUUUUUUGCAUGGUAAAAUAUUAAAAAGAGCCAGCGAUGUUCGGCAACAGUUGGUGGAAAUUAUGACUACUCAAAAAAUACCCAUCAAGUCAGCUGGGUCUGAAUGGGACAUUAUCCGAAAAGUUUUAUGUUCAUCAUACUUCCAUCAGGCUGCAACAGCUAAAGGAAUCGGUGAAUAUACACAUUUGCGUAGUGGCAUGCCGUGUCAUUUGCACGUUACCUCCAGUCUGUAUGGACUGGGUUAUUUACCGGAUUAUGUUAUUUAUCACGAAUUGGUGCUAACUUCGAAAGAAUAUAUGAAUGUUGUUACAAGUGUUGACCCAUACUGGUUAGCAGAAUUUGGCGGCGUUUAUUAUUCUUUAAAAGAGCGUGUUCGCAAUGAAACCGAGAAUUACGAACGUGUUUACUCUAGUAAAAUGAAGUUGGAAGAACAGAUUGAGGCAGAUCGUGAAAUAGAUGCUCAGAAGAAGAACUCCAAUGAUGAUGUACCAAAAAAACCUGCUAGAAAAGCGGUGAUACGAGCGAAAGCCCCACGUCGGGUACGGGGAUUUUAA